CGACUUCUCCAACUCAAUGCACCAAACGGUGAACAAAUCCACGGUGCCGUCUUAUUCUACUUGUUCACCGCAAAAGCUAAACGCUGAUUCGUAAACAUAAGAAGCCGUUUUAUCGGACUCUUUCUGUUUUCCCUCCAAACACUCCCUGCUUCCUCCAUUCCAUUUUCAUCAUCUCGUUAACAUUCUUGCGUCGGUGCGCUGUGUUUCAUCAAUCAUUUCCUUCUCCAUUCUCUCUCUCUAUAGUUUCAGAGGAACAAAGUGAACUCAGAAGAUCAUAUACCAAUUGAUUGUUUCAGAUGGAAGAACGGUGGAGAUUCAUCACUUGGUUGAAGCUACUACGCGUGCUUGUGGCGGUGGUGUCUCUGCUAUUCACCUUCACCAUGGAACCUGUUCGGUGUUCCACUGUCAGCUCAGAAGGGUUGGCACUGCAAAAGAUGAAGGAGAAAGUGGAGAGAGAUCCAUUGGGAAGUUUAUGGAGUUGGAAUAGAGAAGUGGUUGAUCACUUCUCCCAUGGCAAAGUUGUAUCCUUGCACAUUGGCGAACAUGGGGAUACACCAUCCAUAAGGAAACUUCUCCAAGCAGCAAAUGGUGUUGAUGAUGAGAAAAAAACUCUUUCACCAUCACCAUCACCUUUUCCCUCCACACUAUCACCACUUUCAGAGCCUUUCUCACCAUCACAGAGCCCCUCAGAUUCUCCAACAUCUCCAGAAUUAUCCCCCUCACCAUCUCCAUCUCUCUCCACUUUCUUUUUCUCUCUUUCACCCUCACCUUCACCUGUGCCAGCACCAACUCCACACACAUCACCUCCACCAAAUCCACCUAUGGUUGUGUCCACACCACCACACUCCAAUUGGGUUUCAAUGCCUUCUCCUGCUUCAUCUUCAAACAGUUCAACCACAAACCAACAUGCUGUGAUUUUAUGGUCCAUAGUUGGGGGCUUCUUCUUCAUUUUGGUGUCAGUCGUUGUUUUUCUUUGCUUCAGAAGUAACAAGGUUGUCACUGUAAAACCUUGGGCCACAGGGUUGAGUGGCCAGCUUCAGAAAGCCUUUUUAACGGGUGUUCCUAGUCUGAAAAAAACAGAACUUGAAGUAGCUUGUGAGUAUUUCAGCAACAUUAUUGGUUCACUGCCUGAUGGGACUGUUUAUAAGGGGACUCUCUCCAGUGGAGUUGAGAUAGCUGUAGUAUCCUCUGCAGUGACUUCAUCCCAUAACUGGUCCAAAAAUCUGGAAACUCAAUUCCGAAAGAAGAUAGCGAUGUUGUCAAGAGUUAACCACAAAAAUUUUGUGAAUCUAAUUGGAUAUUGUGAAGAGAAUAAGCCAUUCACAAGGAUGAUGGUUUUUGAGUAUGCUCCAAACGGAACUCUAUUUGAGCAUCUACACAUUCGAGAAGCAGAAAGGCUGGACUGGGGAAUGAGAAUAAGGAUAGCUAUGGGAAUAGCUUAUUGUCUGGAGCACAUGCAUCAGCUGACACCACCCAUUGCCUAUAAAAGCAUACUAUCUUCCUCUGUAUAUCUGACUGAAGAUUAUGCUGCUAAAUUAUCAGACUUUAGUUUCUGGACUGACAUAGUCUCUACAAAAAAGGGUUCCGAAGCUGCACAGCUCUUAGAAACAGCUCCAGAAUAUAUCAAGGCCAAUGUUUACAGCUUUGGAGUUCUAUUGUUUGAAUUGAUUACAGGAAGAAUUCCCUUUGCAGUGGAGAAUGGCUUAUUUGAAGAUUGGGCAGCAGAAUAUAUAAAGGGACGACCCUUGAGAGACGUGGUGGAUUCAAACCUGAACUCUUUGCAAGAAAAUGAAAUCGAUAAAUGGGAAGAAGUGAUUAACAGCUGUGUAGAUCCUGAUCCAGAAAAAAGACCAACUAUGAGGGAGGUUACUUCUAAGUUGAAGGAAAUCACCACCAUAGGACCUGAUGGAGCAACUCCAAAAGCAUCUCCUCUUUGGUGGGCUGAAAUAGAAAUUAUGUCCACUGACUUAAGUUCAGACGUGAAUCCAUAACUCCAAAUGAAAAAUAUGUCCUUUGGGAUAAUAAUCUGAGUAACAACUCUGAAUUUGGAGUUUGAUGCCAUUUUUUACUUUUUAUUUUCGCAGUUAUGUUUUAGAUUCUUGUUCUUUUGAAGCUAACUGAAUUAGGAUGAACAGAAGAAACAACUUUUGUCCCAGUAGAAUAA